GCCACAGACCAGAGGGAGACAAGAACUCCCCCGAGUCGAGGUGGUGGUGGGUCCGCGUCGCGCUCGUUCGUCCCUCCACCCUUCCGACGCCUGAUUCCCACGGAAUUCCUCGAACCGGCCGUGAGAUCCGCCCGAUUCGGGUCCCCGGGGUCUAGGGUUUUCGCCGCCGUUCCACCGGAACCGGAACCGGAACGGAGGCGGAGCGGCGUGUCCGAUGGCGGGGAAGGGAGCCAAGGCGACGGCGGCCAAGUCGGCGGACAAGGACAAGGGGAAGUCCCGCUCCUCCCGCGCCGGCUCCCAGGACAAGCCGGCUCCAAAAAAGGAUGUUUAUCAAUUAUUUGCUGAGAAGGUUAGGGAUAACAAGCAGCUGGAAUCAAGAUGGGCAAUUAUGCAAGAAACUCGUGUUGAGUAUUUUCGUGGAAAAGAUUUUACAACCUUCAUGAAGAAUCAUCCAGAAGUUAGGGAAAUUUUAGGGCCAGAUAAAGAUUUAGAAGCGGAAGACAUUGUUAGCACCCUGCUGAGCAAGAACCUUGUGAUAAGGUGUGACCGAGUUUGGAAAACUGUCAGACCAGGAAAGAAGAAAUUGUCAUCAUGGCCUGCACAUUUGGAGAUACAUCGUGAACAAGUGUUCACUGAUAAUGAUGGUUUUUUUGCCUGGAUGUUUCUCAAAAGGAGGACCUUGUGGCAGACAAUUCUUUCAUUUGUUUGGCCUCUUUUUGCUUUGGCAGUCUGCUUAUUUCCAGUUUACCCAUACCAAUGCAAGAUUGUGGUCUUGUACUCGUGUGCUGGAGCUUUGUUGUUCAUCGUCUCUAUUCUUUUGCUGAGAGCUGCUAUCUUUGGCAUACUAUGGGUACUUCUUGGGAAACGUGUGUGGUUCUUCCCCAAUAUAAAUGCCGAGGAGACAACAUUUAGAGAGCUUGUUCGGUUUUGGCCUGAGAAGGAUGAAGGAGAGCGACCAAAGUGGACAUCAAGACUUUUCUAUGCUACUGUUGCUGUAUUGGUGAUAUUACUGCUCAGGCACCAUGCUCCAGAUGAAGCAGCUAGGGCCAGGUACCAGAAGAAGGUUUCCAACAUAAUUGAUGAUGUUCUUGAGUGGUCUCCGAAGUUAGCUCUGUCUGGUAUGAUGGAAAAACAUAGUGGGGCUAAUGCAACAGAAACUAGCAAUGACACUAGUGGAACUGCAAGUAGCCAUACCCCUCCCACUGAUGAGGGGAAGACCACAAAAGCAGACCAAGAUAUGGAUAGUAAGACAAACUCAGAUGAAGUCGAAGAUGGUGAUGAGUAUGGUGAUGACGUGAGAACAAGAUUUAGUGAAGUUUAGAUUCGACUUAUAAAUUUUAAAGCUCAAGUAAUUUGGAGUAUUCUCCCUUGGGAAUUUAUCAGCAGAAUCAUAUAGAUAGGUUACUGACAAGUUCAAAUUCAGGGUGCUCAUGUUUUGACCAUGUUUAAUUCACAUAUUGCCAGUAAUGGCUGCGUUACGAGGUUCCCAAAGCAAAUUUUUCUCA